AUGUUUCACAAGGAGCAGUCAGCUGGACCGCCCUUGGAUGCCUAUGCAAUGUACACGACGCCGUCGUCCACGGGCGUGCAGCAGCCAAGCGAGAAGGAGCUCGUGCAGUCGAUAGGAGGAGGAACGGGAGGAGCUCCUGACGACCUUUUGGGACGCGCGCCCAUGUCUUCAGACCAGACGGACAACCUCGAUGACAAUGUGAUUACGGUACAUGGCUACAUGCACAAACAAGGCAAGCGCACGAUCAAGGGCCCGAUGCACAAGAGCUGGAAACGCCGCUACUUUGCACUGGAGAAGGCCAAGAUCUACUACUUCCACUCGCAUCUCGAGUGUCGCCAGUACUUUACGACGCGGAACACGGACCUUGUCGUGGGGGCUAUCGAGCUCAAGGACGCUCUGCAAUUGCGGCCUUGUGCUCGUCUUGAUCUCCCGCACAAGGGCUUUGAGGUGCACACGAAGCGCCGAGUUUGGGUACUGUGUCCUGAGACCGAGGAAGAGUACCGGCUCUGGUUUGAAGGGGUGGAGGAAGCUAUUGUGUCCUGUGGCUCGGGCAAUAUCAUUGAGCGAAAGCUCCCGAAUGUCCGCAAGUACUAUAUGAAAGGGAUCACGACGUACCGGAUCUUGUACUUCCUCUUCUUGCUCCUGAGUCUUGGUGAGAUCUUUGGUCUCGUCUUCUGGUUUGUCGUGGGUAUUCAGCCUUGCGACUUGAGCAACCGGACGCUGGCUUGUGAAGACGUGUACAUUAACACCCCGGACGAACUUGACUGUCUUGCCGAUCCCAUGAGCGGGUGGUUCACACCACCUGACUGGUACUUGACAUUGGCAGGGGUAGAUGACGUUGUGUGUUUUCACAACCCAUCGAUAGCUCAAUGGGUAUCCUUCUUUGCUCUCAUUGUAGCUGAGCUAGUUUCCAUCGUGCUUGGUGCAUUGUACUACCUCGGCAUGUGGAAACCCGUACGUCGUGGUGCUCACUAUUUCGACGAGUUUGAUCCUAAGGUGCCCGACGAUUUGUGGCCGAAGAUUGAUGUGCUAUUGUGCCAUUACUCGGAACCGGCUGAAGAGACAAUUGACACGCUGAUGGCGUGUAUGAAUUUGCAGUACCCGCCGCAUCUCUUGCAGAUUUACGUGCUGGAUGACGGCUACUGCCGCACCAAGUGGACGAAGGGUAAUUCCGUGCCUGCCAUUGAGCUGAACAAGGUGAUUCUUGAAAAGUCUGGCGAUCUUCGUCAGGAAGUGGCGCAAUUUAUGUACGACCGUGUGUGCGACCCGAACGAGGAUAUGGAGGUAUACGCAUGGCGUAAACUGCACUCAUCGGCGAACUUGCCUUCAGCAUCUCGUCCAAGAGUGGUUAAUCGCGCGGACUGUGCCGUAGGUUCGUUCCGUGAUGACUACCGUUAUCCCGGUCUGCCUCACGUGACGUUUGUUGGCCGCGUGAAGCCGGAAGAGCAUUACUCCAAGGCAGGCAACAUCAACAAUUGUCUGUACAACGAAGGUGCAAACGGUCGCUACAUGUUGCUACUGGACACGGACACGCAGCCUCACCCGAAGUUUAUACUGGCUACACUUCCGUUCUUCUUUGACGACGAAGAUCGACAGUCUAGGAACAAGUACUCGUGCUCGUGCUCAGGCUGCCAGAACGUGGCCAAGAUGUGCUGCGCUUCGUGCAAAAUUGCUGGCGUUCCUGAGGAGCGCAUAAGCUACUGCUCGAAGGAAUGCUUUGAGAACGCGACGCACGUUCAAAGCGACUUGCACCGUCGUCAAGUGAAUGGAACGUUGAGCGACACGCGUGCCACAAAGAAAGAAUUGCGGUGUGUCAAUUGUGAUUCGAAACUGGGCAAGAGCGGUGUGUGCCGCAAAUGCAACACGAACAACAACAGCAACGCAGAUAUGUCGAUUUUGCACUCGUACUCGGACGACGUGCGUGACAACGCCGUCGGUUUUGUCCAAACUCCGCAGUACUUUCGCGACUGUGUGCAAUUACAGAUUGGCGACCCGCUCGGCCAUCGUAACUCUGCGUUUUACGAUGCUACUCAGACUGGCCAAGACGGAUACGACUGUGCUUCGUUUGCUGGCACAAACGCUUUGAUUCGCCGAGAAGCUUUGGAUUCGAUCGGCGGCAUUCAGUACGGUACGCUAACGGAGGACUGUUACACUGGUGAGCGUCUGGUAUCCAUGGGCUGGAAGGCGCUUUACUUCCGCAAGGAUUUUGAAGGUGAAGCGCAUGAGCGUGUUCGUCUAGCAGAAGGAUCAAUUCCUGAUUCCGUUGCUGCAGCCAUGGCUCAGCGCAAGCGUUGGGCAAAGGGUAACUUCCAAACGGCUUUGAUGAAGAAGAACAAGAACGUGGCCGAUCCGGAAUGGAAACGUCCGCACGUGGACAUUCCGAAGUACCGUAAACCGAACAACUUCAUGCGUCGUGUGUUCUACUUGAACUCGACACUCUACCCGAUCGAGUCGAUUUCGGUGAUUCUUCUGUACUACGUCACACUGUACUUCUUGUACACGGGUUACGCUCCGAUUUUCGUGAAUGGCUUGCGCGUGCUGGUGGCUUUGGUGCCGAAACUUGUCGUGCAAGGUGUGCUGACGGCUUUGAGUACGCGCGGUGUUGAAAACAACGAUGUGGUGCGGUCGCAAGAGACGAGGUUUGUGUACGCGUUCACCAACUUCACGGCAAUGCUAGGCGCCAUCGUGUGGAAGAUAACUGGUCGCAAGUCCAAGUGGCUCAACAGACACGAUGCCACACGCGGAUCGCUGGCCGAGCUGCCGAAUGUGCUGGUGUUCUCUGGUGCGGUUUUCGGCAUUGUUUGGGCCAUGGUGCGCUACAUUGUGGCUUAUUACAAUCGCGUGUAUUCGCACGGCGACUCGAUGCUGUGCGCUGCUGUACUCAUGGGGUUCUACAUUGCGUACAACCUCGGUCCGAGCGUGCGAAUGAGCAUCCAGGAGUACUUUGGCUGGAGCUACCAGAGUUUGAUGGAUCAAGGUAACUUCAUGGGCUCGAUCUCUAUUGCUGUGGGUCUCAUGUUCAUUGCGCUAUGGGUGCACGUGGAGAAGCCUGUAUCCGGCUAG